ACAAAGGAAAGAAAGGAGUGAAUGGGUGGUGACUUAAUUGACCAGCAACAAGAAGAACCCACAACACAUAUCACACCACCAAAGUGACUUCUCCUCCUUGUCUUUGCAUCUAUGGAGUUCUGAAUUAUAAUCAAAUUCUCUCUGUGUCUACAUAUAUAACAUCAUUGUCGUGCAUAGGUUUGCACUGAAUUGAAUUAAAAAUGCAGAGCAGGGGAUCGAGUCACAGACUCUCAAGUAUGGGUAACAAUCGAUCCCGCAUUCCAGCACUCCUCAUCUCCAUGUUCGCCACUUUCGCUUCUAUCUACGUCGCUGGAAGGCUUUGGCAGGAUGCAGAGAAUCGCGUUUACCUCAUCAAAGAGCUCGACAGGAUCACUGGUCAGGGACAAUCUGCUAUAUCUGUGGAUGAUACAUUGAAGAUCAUAGCCUGCAGGGAACAACAUAAAAAGCUUGAUGCCCUUGAGACGGAACUUUCUGCGGCUAGACAAGAGGGUUUUGUUUCGAAACCCUUGAUAGAGACUAAUGGAACCUACUCUAGGAGAAGGCCGUUGGUUGUGAUAGGUAUACUGACAAAGUUUGGCCGCCAAAAGAAUAGAGAUGCAAUCCGCAAGGCGUGGAUGGGAAGUGGUUCAUCUUUGAAGAAAAUUGAAGAUGGAAAGGGCAUCAUUGUGCGAUUUGUUAUUGGUAGAAGUGAAAAUCGUGGAGACAAUCUCGAUAUAGACGUUGAUCGUGAGAAUAGGCUGACUAAUGACUUCAUAAUUCUUGAUAAUCACGUGGAAACAAAUGAUGCAUUGCCAAAGAAGGCUAAAUUGUUCUUUGCUUAUGCUGCAGACAAAUGGGAUGCUGAGUUUUAUGCUAAAGUCAAUGAUGAUGUUUAUGUAAAUAUUGAUGCCUUGGGAGCUACACUGGCUGCUCACUUGGACAAACCACGUGUUUACUUGGGAUGCAUGAAAUCAGGCGAAGUUUUCUCUGAGCUGAACCAUAAAUGGUAUGAACCAGAAUGGUGGAAAUUUGGUGACAAAAAAUCAUACUUUCGCCAUGCAUCAGGAGAGAUGUAUGUUAUAUCACGAGCUUUGGCCAAAUUUAUAUCAAUAAACAGAUCUAUUCUUCGUACAUAUGCCCACGAUGAUGUGAGCGCUGGAUCCUGGUUUAUUGGACUUGACGUGAAGCAUGUUGAUGAGGCAAAGUUUUGUUGUUCAUCUUGGUCGACAGGAGCAAUCUGUGCUGGUGUUUGAAUUCAUUCCAGUGCAUUCUUGUGAGAAGACCACAAACGUAAUACAUGGGAGUCAUGUUACAAGGUUUGCUUCCUAAGAUUUUUUUUUAAUUUCUAUUGGAAGAGGAGUGAUUCGUAGAGAUGUCUUUGGAAAAGUUGUUUGAUGUCCAUCGAGAAACAGUUUCAUCUUAUGAGCACAGUUGGCAAGUUGAGCGGUUGAGGGUUUACUUGCAGUUAUAACUGAGGCAUGCAACAUCUACAGCAAAUAAAACUUCAGCUUCCCGCCUUGGUUUUUUUUUUUUUUCUACAAGAGCUUGCUGCCUAUAAAUUGAUUUCUAUCAUUAUUGGGUUCCUUCUUUUCGUAGGCAUUGGAAAGAGGGUCCUAUUAGUUAAAGAACUUCCAAAAAUGUACUUGAUGAAAGUAUUUAUAGGAAUGACAUGGUGGCUCAUAAUCUCAUUCGCAGUUAAGGGAACUUUGUACAUGAGAUAGGGCAGUGAAUUUUGAUUCA